CAAGAAUGUGACUUGUCAAAUACGGAGUAACAUUAUGGCCUUUUUAUACGGAUAUUACUAAUUAGAGACAGUUUGACCAAAAAGUAAGCUAAAACACAAAUUUCCAAUAAUAUAACCUUCUAAUACACCUGGCCGUAUAAUUAAGAAUUGAAACGCAGUGACUGGCAGUCACUUUGACUGCCCAGUGACCGCCGCCACAGUGACUCCGCCGCCACAGUGACUCCGCCGCCACAAUGACUCUGAUCACAGUGACUUCGAUCACAGUGAUUCCGAUCACAGUGACUCCGCCCAUCAUGACUGCCCUACUAUUGGCCACAGUGACACCUUACCUUUACAGUGACAUCCCCGUAGUGACAACUCACAGUGACAACAACAAUUGCUCCGGCCACAAUUAUUUCCGGCCACCACCAAUCACCACCGCCAUCCCACCGCAAAUGUCUGACCUAAUACUGCCUACUUCCACUGCUCCUCCCCAUCCCAACACCCCAACAGCAGAAAAAUCCCAGCCGCAACCCCUGCCCCCUCUACCCUCCCCCCAACCACAUCCCAAGCCUGAACUCCAACUAGCCGGCCUCGUUCAACCCUCCCAGUCCCCACGUCGACCUUCCAAGACCCAUCCCUGACCUUCCAUCCCCCUGCCGCCAUGACCCAAUAACGCCGUCACCCAACGAUGCGCCCCCACUACCCCAGACUUAACCCCAACAGCCUACCUCACCAUUUCCGCCUCCCAAAAACGAGAUCUAUUGAUCUCAAAUCAGCGAAGAAGAAUGGAGAAGGGAAUGCGACGGAGUUGGCAGAGGUGGGGGCUGCGUCUGAGAGCGGCGAUGGUUGGUGGAGGCGGCAGAGCAGCAACGAUGCAGCGUGCGCAGAGAAGGACCUUCGUCGAAUCUGGGAGAGGAAGACGGUGAUAUGGGAGAAGAAGAGAAGUUUCGUCCGAUCUUCCGCACAGCAGCUAUGGUGGAGCUCAGAGAUGUCCGAUAUUGGAGAAGACUUCGUCCCAUUUCCGCAGAGCAAGGAUGGAACGCAGAGAUCCGAUUUGGGGGAAGACUUCGUCGAGCGCAGAGGAGCAAGGGUCGCACGUUUUGGGGCGAGCUGGAACACUUUUUUGGAAAAAAAUCAAAAUGUUUAUAUUUUUAGAAAUGAAAAGUUGGACAGUCAUACGCCGGCAAUUAUUUCUAACAUUAUUUUCAUCUUCGUCUUAAACUUCAAUUUAAAAGAAAGAACGAUCAACUACAUAUAUCUUAAUCGUAAUACUCCAUAUAUGAAAUACAUGUGUGAGUGAUCUAAUUUUAUCACACUUCGUAUUUAAAUUCUCUAAAAAAAGGAUGACACCCCAUCCCUGAGGCCCCCAACACCGAUCGGACGGCACGAUGGGAGGAUGUAAAUUAGACUAUAAUCACAAUCUGACAGAUAGAGAGUGGGACUCUGUCCCCGGUACUUGCAGAGGCCCUAUGUAUUUUUCAGCAUAGUAACCCCCCAUCGCAGUUGCCGGGAUUCGAACCCGAGACUUAACCCUUGUGGCACUCCCUCGUUACCAGUUGAGCUAUGCCCACCGGUUCGUAUUUAAAUUCUCUCCAAUCUCUAGCUAGUGGGAGUAAGGAAGUUUUGACUUCAAAGUCUUUGAGAGUUUUUUUUUCUCAAAGAUUACCUUUAAUUUAGCUCAUAAAUUAGCUGGCCGGCACGAAAAUUAAUU